AUGGGUAUUCGGUUAGCUGGUAUCAGAAAGGCAUCACGUUCUGCGAUACAAGGAUCGUCAAAAGUCUUGGAUGUGCCGAAGGGCUACCUUGCAGUCUAUGUUGGAGAGAAAAUGAAACGGUUUGUGAUCCCCGUAUCAUACUUGAACCAACCUUCAUUUCAAGAUUUGUUGAAUCUAGCCGAGGAAGAAUUCGGGUAUGACCAUCCAAUGGGCGGUCUCACAAUUCCUUGCAGAGAAGAGGUGUUCUUAGACACCACAUCUCGCUUGAAUAGAGAAACCAUGGGUUUCCGUUUACUUGGUGUUAGAAGAGCAAGACAAGCUGCAUCAAAGGGAGAAGAGGUCCCGAAAGGGUAUCUUGCAGUGUAUGUUGGGGAAAAAAUGAAGCGGUUCAUGAUUCCAAUUGGAUACUUGAACCAACCUUCAUUUCAGGACUUGCUAAGCUUAGCAGAGGAAGAAUUUGGAUUCCAUCAUCCCAUGGGUGGCCUUACAAUUCCUUGCAGAGAAGAUGUCUUCGUAAAUAUCAUGUCAGCUUUCUCUUGA